ACGAAGAGGUUAAAACAAGAGUGAAAACAUCCCUUAGCACCGCAGAGCGAGUGCCCCUGACUGGCGAUGCAUGGACCUCUCGAGUUACCAAGUUGUAUAUUACGAUUACAUUACAUUUCUGAGGAGUGGGAACUUGUUUUAAAUGUUUUACAGACACACGCAAUUUAUGGUAGCCAUACUGGCAGUAACAUUGCGGAAUUACUGAAAACUGCACUGGUAGACUGGGACAUAAAAGAGAAGGACCCAGCCAUUGUAACAGACAACGAAUCAACUGCCUGUACACAAACUGAUUGCUGACGUUACUACUAGAUGGAAUAGUGCAUUCGACAUGCUGCAACGAUUUCUGGAGCAGCAGCAGCCUGCCCUCCUCUCAGGUGAAGUGAGAAAGACUGAGAAGGAGGUUUGUACCCACAGUUAGUCCGACAUAUCAUCGGCUGAGGAAAUUGACAUCAUUCUGAAACCCAUGAAGGUAGCUACACUUGUGAUGUCAGAGUAGAGCACCCCAACUGUAUCAGUUGUGGCACCGUUCCAAGCUAAUUCAUGAUCUACAAGAAAGCACCUCUGAUUCCACUAUUACAAAAGAAAUCAAAUCUGCCAUAUGUCUAGAUCUUAACAAGAGGUACUUGGAUGAUGAAGAGAAGGACGUUCUUUAUGUGGCAUCUACUAUGGAUCCCAGAUUUAAGGCUUUGCCCUUUCUGUCUGAGGACAAACGCCAGAAAAACUAUGAGAAAGUCAUUGCAGAAGCUGCAAAGAGCCAGAGAGAGACUGGUGUGGAGACAGGAAAUACUGAUGUAGAUGUAGUGCCAGAGGAGGGCUAUCAAGGUCCUGUGCAAGAAGACAUCUCUGCAAGUCCAUCCAAGAGACCAAGGGUUUCUUUCACUCUAGCUGACCUACUUGGACAAACAUACAGUUCAGUGAGACCCUCAUACACGAAAACCGCACACGACAAGUCAAAGGAGGAGAUGACAAGAUGCGAUGAGGCAGCUCCCAUGCCACUUAAUGUGGCCGAUCCACUGAUUUGGUGGAAGCAACACCAGAGCAAGUAUCCACUCUGGUCACACCUCGCAAAAAAAAAUACUGUGUAUGCCGGGCACAAGUGUCUCCUCAGAAAGAGUGUUCUCUACUGCAGGGGAUAUAAUCACAGGACAGAGGAGUGCACUUAGCCCAGGACAUGUUGAUCAAAUUCUGUUCCUGAACAAAAAUCUUAAGAUAAAGUAAGACUGUUUUUGUAUCCUUGUUGGAAAGUUUGUUCAGUACACUUCAGGUGGGCCUAAAGUUCCUUAAAGGACCGCUAAAGUUAUUCACAUUGGAUACUUAAAAGUUUAUGAAUUAUCAGUUAAAAACAACAUAUGAGUUGACUGCAGUUUGUUAUUAUUUUUAUGUUU